UAAGAGCGAGGAUGUGGCAGAGAUAGGACGGCAGGUUGCCCGUGGAGGAACAAGUGGAGUCAAAACCUGCAGAAAGAAGGAACAAGGAGUUGGUUGAAGUGAAAGUUGACAUCUGAGGAUGGGCUAUGAUCUGGAGAGGUUUGUAGGUUACGUGAAUGAGGGUCUACUGUGCUGUGUAUGUCGAGACGUGCUGGAGCGCCCCCUCCAGGCACCCUGUGAACAUGCUUACUGCAGCUCCUGCAUCAGCACCUGGCUGGUCCAUCACCACUCCUGUCCUGAGGACAGACUGCCACUGGAUGUGGGUAGCCUCAAACCACUGUACAGGUACAUGCGUAAUGAUCUGAACCGUCUGCAGAUCCGCUGUGUGAAUGCAGCACAGGGGUGUGAGGUGGUCUGCUCCCUGGAGAGCCUCCACUCACACGAGGACGAGUGCGAGUUUGCCUUCAUAUCCUGCGCUAACACAGGCUGUCCCGUGCAGGUCGAGAGGCGGGGCUUGGAGGCUCACCUGUCAGAAUGUAGCUUUCGCAGCAGGGAGUGUCCCAAUGGUUGCGGCCACACGCUGCUCUCCAUCGACCAGUCACAACAUAACUGUGUAGCGGAGCUGCGCACUGAGGUGGAGAUGCUCAGGGUGGAGAUGCUGUGCAAGGUGGAAGAGGUGAGAAGAGAGAUGGAGUCUCGGCUGGACUCGCAGAGGAGACACAUGGUGCAGAAAGAGUCUCAGCUGAAGAACGAGGUGGAGGAGCUCAAGGGUCAGCUAUCCCGUGUGAUGUGUGACAUGCGUGCGCUGCUAGGUGCAGAGCGUUUGAGGAGACAAGAGCUGGCAGAGGCAGAGCUGGAAAAGAGAGAACUGCUAGAGCUCCUCAGAGACCUGCAGCCCACCAGGAGCCAGAAUCCCACUGAACAGACAGCCAGGGACCAGCAUCAGGGAGAGGCACAGACAUCAGGCUGGGAACUCCACACCGAGCCAACCAGACAGCAACAGAGAGAGGCUUCUUCACAUGCCUCCAGUCUAUCACUGCAUUCAGCCCAGGCUUCACAUGCAUCAGGCCCACCCCCAUCACCACAGCUGGGUGAGGGAGGGCGCAAGGGUGGGACCCGGAGUCUGACCUUGGACUGCAUCAAAAAGAAGAGCAGGGAGGUGACGGUGAUCUGAAAAAGCUGCAAUAUAUGAAAUCUUUAUUUUUUUAUUAUUUAGCAACAAAAUUAGGGUUUUGGUAAAACGUGUUACAAAAGGAAGGUUUUGUUACGCUGUGUUUUUAAUGCUUAAAGAGCAGGUCUUUGUGUGUUGGAUUUCCUUCAGACCCCCAAUAGAGAUUAUUAUUAUUUGACCAUGACAUCAGACUAAACCAUCAUUUUUGAACCACCUGACGUCAUUUUAAGUGUGUCGUCAGUGAGCUUCAAGAAGUUGGAAUCACCAAACCUGUAUUUUUACAACUGAGGUUAACCCCAUAACGAUUCAGUGUGGGUUUUUGUGAAAUUGAGAAU